UAUGGGCCGGGGGUAUAGCUUCGUGGCCCGCGCGCGCGCUUCUUUCCCGGCGCGGGCACCGGCGCGGGCCAUGGCUUCAGCUUCCUUGUCCGCGCUGGCCGUGCGGUUGUUACGCCCCGCGCAUGGCUGCCAUCCCCGCCUACAGCCCUUCCACCUGGCGGCAGUGCGAAAUGAAGCUGUCGUCAUUUCUGGAAGGAAACUGGCCCAGCAGAUCAAGCAAGAAGUACGGCAGGAGGUGGAAGAGUGGGUAGCCUCGGGCAACAAGCGGCCACACCUCAGUGUCAUUCUGGUUGGUGACAAUCCUGCUAGUCACUCCUAUGUUCUCAACAAAACCAGGGCAGCAGCUGAAGUGGGAAUCCACAGUGAGACAAUUGUGAAGCCAGCCUCAGUUUCAGAGGAAGAGCUGUUGAAUUCAAUCAGGAAAUUGAAUGAGGAUGAGAAUGUGGACGGCCUCCUUGUUCAGCUGCCACUCCCAGAGCACAUUGAUGAGAGAAAGAUCUGCAAUGCUGUUUCUCCUGACAAGGAUGUUGAUGGCUUUCAUGUCAUUAACGUGGGGCGAAUGUGCUUGGACCAGUAUUCCAUGCUGCCGGCAACCCCAUGGGGUGUGUGGGAGAUACUUAAGCGGACAGGCAUUCCAACCUUAGGGAAGAAUGUGGUGGUGGCUGGCAGGUCAAAAAACGUUGGAAUGCCGAUUGCAAUGUUGCUGCACACAGAUGGUGCGCACGAGCGGCCUGGGGGUGAUGCCACAGUCACAAUAUCGCACCGAUACACUCCCAAAGAACAGCUCAAGAAACACACAAUCCUUGCAGACAUUGUGAUAUCUGCUGCUGGCAUUCCAAAUCUAAUCACUGCCGAUAUGAUCAAGGAAGGAGCAGCAGUCAUCGAUGUGGGGAUAAACAGAGUUCAAGAUCCUGUCACUGCAAAGCCCAAGUUGGUCGGAGAUGUGGAUUUUGAAGGAGUCAAGAAGAAAGCUGGUUACAUCACUCCUGUCCCUGGUGGUGUUGGUCCCAUGACAGUGGCCAUGCUCAUGAAGAACACCAUUAUUGCUGCAAAGAAAGUGCUAAGGCCAGAGGAGCUGGAGGUGUUGAAGUCCAAACAGCGAGGAGCCGCCACCAACUAGCAGCUCUCUGAGCCAGUCUGAGAGGCAAAGCGGGCCAAGAGGAAUGAAGUGUUUUUAAUCUAUUCUGUUGAAAUGGUUUAAAAUGUUUGUAUUUAUUGAAAGCUUAAACGGGUGGCCGUGUGUGUGCAUGGCUCUGCAGAACCUCACCAGGGCGCCCAUCAGUGUCCUGCCUUUGACCUGGUGAUGCAUGGGAGACAUCCUCACACUGAGUGGAUGCUGAACUUCAUCCAAAAUGUCUGCCUGCGUAGGCUCUCAUUUCCCAAGUGCUAUUUAUUUAUUCCAAUACAAGUUGAAGACUCAUCUUAGGUCCCAAGCCUUUGAGUUCAACUUUCAAACCAAAGGAAACCUUAGUAGAGAAGAUUAAGGGAAAGGAAGAGACAGCACUGGGUCUCAGCGGCACUCCCUUACUUUCUGUGCAGCCAGAAGGACCCAGAUUGCCCCAGGAGAGCUGAGCUGCUGGGCUGGUGGAUAAGAAAGCCCAGCGUUACUAGCUGUCCCCCUGUGGCGGGUCAUCAGGGAAGGUUUAGAGUCUCCCCACUUGCUGUUAUCCUUCUGUGAGCGUGCCCUAUUUUAAUUUUCUAGACUCAAAAGGCUCAUUUUAUAAAUGAUAUGAUGUGUGUAUUACCAUGUCUGGCUUUUGCAGCACACUUAAGUUUCAGACUUGAAGAGCUCUGUGUCUGUUUGCUUUGGCGUAUGCUUUGAGGCCUAUUUUUUUGUUUUGAAAAAAAAAAACAAAAACAAAACUUGGGCGUGAUAAUCACGAGGGCAGCUCACGCCACCAAAGAACUGUCGGCAGCUGCAUCUUUCACGUACCCUGUUGGCCUUCCUGAAAGUUAUCAAGAAGCUUGAGUUAAUAUAAGACUUAGUCAAAUUUUCUUAUUAAAGGAUUUUGUUGCUGUUUGUUUUUGUUUGUUUUUAAAUAAAGCACAUCUGUCAGGUGUGGAAUGAGUUCCUGAAA